AGUGUUCACUUGACUCGACCCGAACCCGAAUCGGAAACACGGGUCCGUUCCAGUGCCCUCUUCGCUCCUCUCUCAAACCCCCGGCGGCGGCGGCGUCGUUUCUCACUAGAAGUCGGGGCUCUCUCCGGUGUCGCCGCCGACUUCUUCUUAAGAGGCCGUUGAGAACCAUGCAAUCAUUUUUGCGGAGGACCUUCUCCCGAGCUGGGGGUUUAGGAUCUUGUUCAAAGAUUGGGCAUUUGAUAUCUUCUGAAGUCCGCUUGGUGAAUGGUAAUCUAGGAUUGCACAAUGGGACUGCUUUUUCUUCUAUAAUUGGAAAGGAAACAGCUAAAAGUUUUAGCUCCGUCCCAGCUUAUGAAUGCUACUCAAAAGAUCUUUCUUUGAUACAGAACCUCAAAUGCUACCACCGAAAUUCUCUUAUAAUGGAAAGUAGACUACUCAGCUGCAGGGAUUUGACUGUUCCUCAUUGUGGAAUGUUCCCAUCUUCGUAUUCAUGGAAUCAGCCGUCAUUUAGGUGCAUGACAACGAUGAAUAAUCCUGAGGUGUCUUUGGAAAAUGAAAAUUCUGCUUCAUCCCCUGCUGUAGAGCGUCCCCCUCGCAUCAAAUUUAAAAGACUUGACAAAACAGCAAAGCACAUCAUGAAUAUUUUGGAUAAAGAAGCAGUUGAGAAAGUACAUGCUGAACGAGAAAUUGCUGAUAUCAGGCCAGGGUGUAUCGUCCAGUUGAAAGUGGUAGUGCCUGAGAACAAGCGUCGCGUCUCCACCUUAAAAGGCAUUGUGAUAGCAAGGCGCAAUGCUGGCUUGAAUACUACUUUCAGAUUGCGUAGGCUGGUUGCUGGUGUUGGCGUUGAGUCUGUAUUUCCUUUGUAUUCGCCAAACAUUAUGGAGAUGAAGGUCUUGGACAGGAAGAAGGUGAGAAGGGCAAAGCUUUAUUACCUCAGGGACAGGAUGAAUGCUCUCAAGAAGUGAAGAGAGAUAAAUACCAAGCCAUGUGUGUUGCACCAGUUAUUUUUCACUUGGCUAUAUCCCAGAGGUCCUCUCAACUUCAUGUUUUCGCGUUACAGUGAAGCUGCCCCUUAAAACUGUGUUGCUUUUGCGUGGACCGGGCGAUUUGUUUUGUUGUUGUUUUUUUUUUCCCUUUUCUCUUUUGGGUGGUUAGAAUUGGAUAUAACAACAGAUGCAGUGGAUCUCUAAGCUCUGAGUUCAAAAUUAUACUGUAAUAAGGCCUUGCAUUCUGUUUUCUUGCUUUCCAACAAUGUUUCCAGUGAUAACCUAGAAUGACCUGGUGACAUUAA